AUGCCCAACAGACUCCCUAUCCUGAUCGAAGAAGAUCUCAACGAUCGCACAGAUGUUCUGAGCCAAGCCACAGUCAACCAGCCUGCAGAUCUCUCUGACAUGACUGUCACUGAGGAGGAAGUCGCCCAAUAUGAAAAUGGCUGUGAGAGCAAACCGGAGAGCGAUAACGAGAGCGACGUCGUCUCGCAGAGCUCUGUCGAGGAGUCUUGGAUCCCGUUGGAGCAAGUCCAACUUUCCAUGCGAAUAAUAGCCCUCCUGAUAUGUGACAGUCCACGCAUUGCAGCACCGCUCAUCCAGGUUGUUGUUGGAGGCCACUCAUUCUCAGUGUUCAAACACAUGCUUUGCAUACACUCUCCGUUCUUCGAGCGUGCCCUGAACGGUCCAUUCAGAGAAGCCAUGCAAGACAAGAUCGAAUUGAAAGAGGGCUUGGACCUAUUCCAGAUCUUCAACCACUGGCUCUCUCUGCCCCCUCGCACACCCCCUUGGACUUUGCUGAGAAAGGCUUUGGUGUUGCCGCUGACGUUGAAGGCAAGCAACGUCAGCUGGCAUUUCUCGACAUCUACAUCUUUGCAGGACAGGCUGCAGUUUCGUGGUCUCUGCAAGGCAGCUUUCACCCACUUCGACAAAGUUCUCAGACCCUCAGGACUUCCAGGCCGAGCAAGUGUCGCAGCUAUCUGUCAGGCCGACGAGUCUCUUCUUAAAGACAAUGGUCUCUGGAAGUAUCUGAUUGCCAUCGAAAGAGACGCAAACAGAUGUGGCGCUCCUCGUCGUCCAGCUGAAGACUAUGGUCAUCUUCCUGACCUGUUCGUCUUCGAGUUACUAAAGAUGACCGAGGAAGACAGCAAGUCAUAUCUGCAGGUCAGCAACAAGUCUGUCGAUCUUUUUGAGCUAAAGAGACAGGUCAACCAUCAGGGUGGCUACGAGAGAGCCGAGCACCGCCACAAGUGGGGAGUCAUCUGUGUGCAGAUGGGAAUUAGAUUGGACAACCACCGCAGAAUCUUCACACAAAUGCGCAACAUCUACAGAACUUGGCUGGGUCCUUUCGACAAUGGAAUCAAGCCCCAGGAGAGGCUGACGCUCGAGAGACAAUGCCGAAGACCACUUGUCAGAAAGUUCUUCUAG